CCCCGAGUGAGACCGACCUUCCUUGUGAGCUGCGGGACAGUCGCGGGGCAAAACUCCCCGGUCACGCCUCACGGUCACGCUCUGGUUCCUCGACCUCCAGCAGGGUGCUACGUGCAUCCUAGGAUGGGACCGCGUGCACGGGUGCAGCGACCCGAUCCCCAUCCCGGGGUUGGGGCUUCAGUGACAAGACCAGCCGGCCUGCUAGCGUGCUCUGCGGGGAUGCGGCUGGGACGCUGGAGAGAGCCAGGUGCCGGGAAACGCUGUGUCAUUCUCCAGAGCCACCGCGCUCCUCCCGAGGGUCCCAAGCGCGACCCAGUCCCGCACUCGUUGUUCCCAGGCGCUGCGCAGCGCUGGCCCCCAUCCACACCCGCUUGGGCUCUUCAAGGUGCAUCGUGACUGUGGUUAGCCUAACCCCCGGGCACACAAACCCAGGAACCUGGCAGGGCAUCACUAACUCGGCCAUGGAACCGGAGAUCCAGACAUCCUUCUACGGUCGAUUGAGGCACUUCUUGGACAUCAUUGACCCUCGAACUCUCUUUGUCACUGAGAGACGUCUCAGAGAGGCUGUGCAAUUGCUGGAGGACUACAAGCAUGGCACCCUACGUCCAGGAGUCACCAACGAGCAGCUCUGGGGUGCACAGAAAAUCAAACAGGCUAUCCUACACCCGGACACCAAUGAGAAGAUCUUCAUGCCUUUCAGAAUGUCAGGUUACAUUCCUUUUGGGACGCCAAUUGUGGUGGGUCUUCUCUUGCCCAACCAGACGCUGGCAUCCACUGUCUUCUGGCAGUGGCUGAACCAGAGCCAUAACGCCUGUGUCAACUAUGCAAACCGCAAUGCUACCAAGCCUUCACCUGCAUCCAAGUUCAUCCAGGGCUACCUGGGAGCCGUCAUCAGUGCUGUCUCCAUUGCUGUGGGCCUUAAUGUGCUGGUUCAGAAAGCCAACAAGUUCACCCCAGCCACUCGCCUUCUUGUGCAGAGAUUUGUGCCCUUCCCUGCAGUAGCCAGUGCCAAUAUCUGCAACGUGGUCCUGAUGCGGUAUGGGGAGCUAGAGGAAGGGAUUGAUGUCCUGGAUGCUGAUGGCAACCUCGUGGGCUCCUCAAAGAUCGCAGCCAGACAUGCCCUGCUGGAGACAGCACUGACACGUGUGGUCCUGCCUAUGCCCAUCCUGGUGCUUCCCCCGAUCGUCAUGUCCAUGCUGGAGAAGACAGCUCUCUUGCAGGCACGCCCGCGCCUACUCCUGCCUGUGCAGAGCCUCGUGUGCCUGGCAGCCUUCGGCCUGGCCCUGCCACUGGCCAUCAGCCUUUUCCCGCAGAUGUCAGAGAUCGAAACCUCCCAGUUGGAGCCUGAGAUAGCCCGGGCUACAAGCAGCCGGACGGUGGUGUACAAUAAGGGGCUGUGAGUGCAGAUCCACCGGCCUGGGAGCACAGCAGUAUCCAGGCCGGAGGCUUGGGGUGGGGAAGGAGUCUCAUAGCUGUGUCUGCAGGGAGGGGCUGCCUGGGAGGCAGCCAACCUCCAGCAGUAGGGAGACUAACCAUUCACAUUUUAACAUGGGGGAGAGGAGUUCUGACACAUUUCCUACACGAAAAGAAUCAAGUGCAUCUCUGGGCCUUACAUGGGGUCAUCUAAACUCCACUCAGCACAAUUCCGUGUGAGCUGAAGAAUUGUAGAGUGUUCCUGGGGUAGAAUUAGGAUCCUUUUAUAUGUUGCUUUUUUGUUUUAAUUUUUUAUUAGAAGCAAGUCUGAGCCUUGGUUGCAGUUGACCAGAAGCAGCAGGGGGACAGGUGGAGGAAGCCAGAGGAGCCUUGGGAACUGGGUUGGAUCAUGGAAGGAAAAUAUAAUGGCUAGGCCCAAUGGGCCCCUGGGUUAGAGAAAGGAAGGGAGAGGAGGUAUUCGCACUCUACAGAAUGAACUAGCCAUAAUCAGGGUCUCGGGAAUUGACUCUCAUGCUCAAGGCACACCAGAGACCUCUGGAAGAUUCCAGAAGCAGCGGGCUCUGAAUGUAGCCAGCUCCUGUCCACACCACAAUAGAGUGAAAAUUAGUGACCCAGGCAUGGGCCAUCUUUCAUGGAGCUCUUAUGGAUUCCAGGCCCCUGAGAGCAUCCCAGCUGUAAUCAGGAAGCCACACGAAGGAACAUUGUUUUAUAUGAAGAAGAAGAGAAACCUGACUAGGCUCUCUUUUCUAAGAGUAUCUGGAGUUUUAUACUGAGGCAAAGGUGGCUGAGCCCACUGCUGUGCAGUCUGUAGCCUCUGACACUGUAGCAUCUCAUACCUUCCUGCAGAGGGGAGUCUCCUGCUCGAGGGUACAAGGCCAGAUCCCUGGAAACUGCCUGAGAGAUAGCAUCAUCCUCACUCGGGCACUGGCAGGCCCUGUGGCAAUGGGCAAGCCACCUGCAUCUCUGAGCCUCCAUCCCCUGCCUGGAAGCAAAUGGUCGAAUGGGGGUCCCCACGGGCCUCUGACUCCUCUCUGCCUGAUUCACUCAGAUGCUACGCAUUCCAAGCAUAUCUCUAAGGUGGAUUCUGGUCUGGAAAAGGCAUCAGACUCCUCUGCAAAUGGCCAAAACUUGAUCUCAGAAAAGGACCUUGCCAUCUGUAUAUGACCGCACCUCCUGGAAGACCUUGACAUGUGUCAAACAUCACGUGGCUAUGGAGUUGGCAGCGUGGAUGCCUAAGACAAGCACGGGGUGUCACUCCGUGUGCCGCCUCUCACUGCUGCAGACUCAGAGGCUUCUUUGCUGUUCGCUCAUGACUCCAUCUCAUUUGCAGGCCAUAGAGGAAGAGUUAGGUCUUCCUAGGGAUGCGGGGUCUGGGUGGGGAUGAGUAGGGCGACUCCUGAUCCAAAAGAUCUCCAGAAAGGAGAUGCGCUGGUCUUCAUACAGCCCUCAUCUGACCCCACUGUAAUGGGAGUCCUGACCCCGGCACCUCACCCUGGUGACUCAGGAGGGAUCAGGCUCAAGGUAGACAUGUAUGGCACAGGGCAGCAAGGACAAGGCCACAGGUUGCCUGUAGAAAUUUAAGGUGGGUGUAGCUGCAGUGGGGUGCAUCUGCCAUGGGCAUUGGCACCAUGGUCUCCAGGCCUUGACUGGGGACUAGAUCUGUCUGGGGCCUCUUUUGAAAACGUCAUUCCCAGCUCUCCCUGCCUUCACUUGUCGUGGAGUCUUGUCCUUAUGCAUUUUAUCUUGGGACCAAAACCGCCCUCCCCCAGCUCUGCCUAUUCCAGAGUCCCACAGACCAGGGCCUCUUCCAGCUCUUUCUCUGUACUGGCUGCCACUGUGCUGCCUCAGCGUCCCUCGUCGGUUUGCUGGGAGUGGGGGUGAUCUCCUAAAUACCAGCCCAGGUGAGCUGAGGGGGCAGUUGCUUUGGAUAUGCAGCAGCAAAGGGUCCUUCAGGGUGAUGGUGACUGAGUCUUGAGCCAUGCUGCUGAACCCUGUUCUGACUUCAUAAAAUCCAGGAGGGAAUCUUUCUGUGAAUGCACAUACAAAUGCCCCUAUUUGCUGAGGCUAAAGGAAACAGGCCUGGCGGGAAUGGGCAGGGAUGCACUCUCAUUGGAUCGAGUUUUGCCAGCAGUUGGGGUAUAGCUACAUCAGGCUCUCUAGGUGGCCUGGCAUUCCUGGCCACUUCUCCUCUGGUUACUUUAAACAUUCCCUAAGGCUCCAAGGAUGCUCUUCCAUCUCUGGAAAUUUGAGAGUGCAGGAACCCAAAGUCCAAGAUGCUAAGAUGGCCACAAAAUCAGGGUAUCUGACACUCUGUCUCACUUCCUGAUUGUGGAUGUCUUCCAUCUGAAGCCUCUAGCCCGGAAUGGGGUGGGAUGGAGUGGAGGAGGGGAAGAGCCAGUGGGGGGCAGGUCCAUGGUGGGCUUCCAGCCUUGGGCAGGUAUGAGCGAGGCCCCAACACGUAUGCCUCAGCAUACCUAGGGACUUCAGACUGUCUUUUUAACCUCAGAAAAUUUCUCAAUUUAUGUGAUUUAUGCCAUACUAAUGAGCUGUGGGCAAUAAACAUGGAUUUAAAACACA